GGUUUUUAUAACGACGAGCUUGCCUACCCGUAAUAUUGCACACACCACUCUCUGAGUUGACGACUGUUCAGUGCUUCGCAAUUCCUCCCUGAUCUUUUUCGGAAUUCCAAGGAUCGGCCACAUCUGCACCGUGUAAAAUCACACCAAUCGCCAUGGCCAUGGAGACUCUCCGCCAAUCUGGGGCAGGUUCCCUCUUCUCGUGUAGCAGCUCAGACAUCCCAUGUCAUCAUUUUUGUCUCCGUCACUCCAAGCCAUUGCAGUCAGAGGACGAAGAAUGGUUCAUGACAGAUGAGAUUGAAGAAGUACCAGAAGAGGAGGAAGAAGAAGAUAUGGAGCAGGAUGAGGAGGCUGCUCGAGCAGGUCUCUUGGAUCAACUCCUUGACGAUGCCUACGCUCAAUACUACGAGGAGCCUGACGAGUGGGAAGAACUCGCCACCUGGUAUUCAUCCCAUAUGGACCGCGGUGAGACAGAGGACAGUGAGCGUCAGCCGAGUCAGUCAACCGGGGAGACAUCGUCAGAACCCCGAGAGGACUUCCACCCUGCCUGGAGGCAGGAUCCAGUGGGAACUCCUCGACGUGAAGAGAGCACCACUUCAACGAGUCAGGGGCGGACUACUCGCUCAUCAGCGGCCCGUGAAUCCUCGUCAGCUUCGGCGUCAACGUCGCACUCACACCGCUCGCAACCCUCAAGCUCGGGAAGUCAGAAUCGCCACCCUAAGGAGAGGAGCUGGGAUGAGCUAAUCGCUGACCAGGAACGAGGGGAAGCCGCCGCCGAGAUUGCAACGCGGAACUCCCGCGGUCGAAACAGCUCUAACUGGAGUGAGCCUACUGUCGUCCGUGAACUUGAACUAUAUGACGCUUUCAAUGACUUAUUCUUCCCAGAUCCUGAAUCUGGUCGCCUGUAAUUCAAAAAACCCCAAAACAAUUAAUUGUAAAUACAAAUUACACAUCAGUCAAUAAUAUGAAUUCUAAAUAAUUUUUGUAAGAAAAUAACAUCAGUGAAAUGUGAAUAUUCUUGAAAUUCAUCACUGAUAACGAGUCUUUCUCUCCAAAUCUGCCCGAACUAUUUUGUUUCUUAUUCCCUUGCUUACAAAUAAAAUUUUCAUUUGCCGCUUUUUGGUUCAAAUUCUUAUUAUUUUUUUAAACAUAUUUCAAUGAAUUAAUUAUUGUAAAUUUUGUCGAUCGAAUUUGUCGGCAGCUAAUAAUUAAUAUCGAAUUUAUAUUCAGCUCAUAAAAUAUGUGAGAAUAUUAUUUUUAGACUUGAAUAAAUUAACAACAAUUUGUUUACUCG